AUGAUCUAUCCUGAAGCCUUCUCAGUUUUCCUGGUCAGCCUUCUAGUGGGCAGCAGCAAGGCCUUUUUUGACAUUGGAUUAUCAACAAAAUGUGUCACCAUUCCUAAAGACUUGGGUUUGUGCAAUGACAUUGGCUACUCAGAGAUGAGAUUGCCCAACCUGAUGGGGCACACUAGCUUGGCAGAGGUAGUGCCCAAAUCAGAGGAAUGGAAGAGCCUUAUCCAGACUGGAUGUCACCCCUAUGCCAGGACCUUCCUCUGUUCCCUCUUUGCUCCUGUUUGCAUGGACACGUUCAUCCUUCCCUGUCGAAGCAUGUGCGUUGCUGUGAGGGAUAGUUGUGCUCCUGUGCUUUCUUGCCAUGGUCACUCCUGGCCAGAGAUAUUGGACUGUGACCGCUUCCCCGCUGGAGAAGACAUGUGUCUGGCCACGUUGAGCAAGGAAUAUAUCUAUAUGUACAGAGAUUUGCCUAAGCCAACUUGCCAAAGCUGUCCAACAAUUGAGGAUUCUGUUCAAACCAAGACGGCUCUGGAAGCCUUCUGUGAAAAUGACUUUGCUCUGAAGGUAAAAUUGUCGAAAAGAAAGACUCCAUCAGAAACCCACCAAUAUGAAAUAGAUGGCCAGGUCGACUUCAUUAGUCAAGGCGAUUUGCUGCCCUACGACACGCGUAACAUGAUCUCACAGUGGAUGCUUAUCAACGAAAAAUGCGCUGAAAAGAUGAUUCGUAACCCCCGAUCCCUUCUAUUUAUUAUAACCGGCAGUGUCCAUCACGGCAAAGUCACCAUCACAAAGAUCUUCCACUGGCAAAAGAGAGACUCUAACCUUACACUGGCUGUUAGGAAAUGGAGAUAUCACAAAUGUUAA